AGAGAAACUCGACAUUCAGAAAGAUCAUACAAGAUAGACAAAUCUAAAAUCAAAAUAAGGUCCUUAACAUUGAGAACUGACUAUAUAGUAUCAGUAUCACGCAGGACCGAUUCCUCGGAAUUUUCAUACCCAAUUUCACGCGUUAAUGACGAUGUCUUUCGGCAAUACUUUAACCAAAAGAGGGGGCAUUUCCUUGCUUUUCCUUUGUCUCUGCAUAAGUAUAAGCGGGCCUGUGCAGACUCAGGAUGUGACGGAUCCGGCCACAUCGGCGACCAUCCCGGCGACUUCCCCGGUGGGGCCAGCUACUUCCUCACCGGCCGCUUCCAGUGUUGUACCCACUGGAGCAACUCAAGAUCCAACUGCCACCACCGCUGGCAAGACAGCGGACACAAAGCCGACUCUUGAUUCGCCAACCACACUCCCCCAACCUGGACUCACACCUCCUGUGACUGGAGGAGCUACUGUAACUAUGCCCACUACAUCGGCCGGUACCAGCUUGAAUUCCACCAAUACUUCGCCGGUCCCCGCUGGUCCGGGUGGUUUUACUGCUCCGCUCCAAGAUGGAAAUGGGAAAAAAAUUGUGUUUCCAAUCACCGACACAAACGGGCGUGUCAUUUUCCAAAGCGCAACGGACAUGCACAUCUCUGGUAUGAAAGGCGCAAACUCAACCUCACCCUCCACAAAAACUCCCGCCGGCUCAUCGGAUUCCAAAGGAGACAAGAAUGUAAGAUGGAGUCUGAUUUAUGAAAUCGAGAGAUCAUUUGGUUGA